CAUGCUCAGGUGAGCUCAUCUUCUUCAUCUUUGAAUGAAAUUGGAUUUGGGGUAUUCCAUACUUACGUUUAUAAUAAAAAUGGCGUUGGCAUCCUGUUCACCUUCACUUGUCAUGCCACCCCCAACCCUCCAUUUCCAACCCACCUCAGAUCCUCCAUACAAACUUCUCCAAAACCACCCGUCUCUCACUCUUCUCUCCACUUGCAAGAGCUUUCAAAACCUCAAGCAAAUCCACUCCCAAAUCAUUAAGACUGGUCUCCACAAUACCCAAUUCGCCUUAAGCAAGCUCAUUGAGUUUUGUGCCAUUUCUCCAUUUGGCAACCUUUCCUAUGCUCUGUUACUAUUUGAGUCCAUUGAGCAGCCCAAUCAGUUCAUUUGGAACACCAUGAUUCGUGGGAACUCAUUGAGCUCCUCCCCAGUGGGUGCCAUAGAUUUCUAUGUUCGUAUGCUUUUGUGUGGGGUUGAACCCAAUUCUUAUACUUUUCCUUUCCUGUUGAAGUCUUGUGCAAAAGUUGGAGCUACCCAAGAAGGGAAACAGAUCCAUGGCCAUGUUUUGAAGCUUGGACUUGAGUCUGAUCCCUUUGUGCAUACUUCACUCAUUAAUAUGUAUGCCCAGAAUGGUGAAUUGGGCUAUGCUGAAUUGGUUUUCAGUAAGAGUUCUCUUCGGGAUGCGGUUUCUUUUACUGCCCUGAUCACGGGUUAUACUUUGCGGGGUUGUUUGGAUGAUGCAAGACGGCUUUUUGAAGAAAUUCCAGUGAGAGAUGCAGUGUCUUGGAAUGCUAUGAUUGCUGGGUAUGCCCAAAGUGGUCGAUUUGAAGAGGCAUUGGCGUUCUUUCAAGAGAUGAAAAGAGCCAAUGUUGCACCAAAUGAGAGCACAAUGGUAACUGUCCUUUCAGCUUGUGCUCAGUCUGGUUCUCUUGAAUUGGGCAAUUGGGUUCGGUCUUGGAUUGAAGACCAUGGACUUGGUUCGAAUCUUCGUCUUGUUAACGCUCUUAUUGACAUGUACUCAAAGUGUGGUGAUUUGGACAAAGCUAGGGAUUUGUUUGAGGGGAUAUGUGAAAAGGAUAUAAUCUCCUGGAAUGUUAUGAUAGGUGGUUAUUCUCAUAUGAACAGCUAUAAAGAGGCCUUGGCUCUCUUUCGGAAAAUGCAGCAAUCAAAUGUAGAGCCUAAUGAUGUCACUUUCGUAAACAUUCUUCCUGCUUGUGCUUACUUGGGUGCUCUUGAUCUUGGUAAAUGGAUUCAUGCUUAUAUAGACAAAAAAUUUGUAGGUUUAACCAAUACCUCCCUUUGGACGAGUCUCAUCGAUAUGUAUGCAAAAUGUGGAAAUAUAGAGGCUGCAAAACAAGUCUUUGCUGGUAUGAAACCUAAAAGCUUGGGUUCUUGGAAUGCAAUGAUAUCAGGACUAGCUAUGCAUGGGCAUGCAAAUAUGGCCCUUGAGCUUUUCAGACAAAUGAGAGAUGAAGGAUUUGAACCAGAUGAUAUCACUUUUGUUGGGGUUUUAUCAGCUUGCAGCCAUGCUGGUUUGGUAGAACUCGGUCGUCAAUGUUUUAGCUCAAUGGUUGAAGAUUAUGACAUUUCACCAAAACUGCAACACUAUGGCUGUAUGAUAGAUCUACUAGGCCGAGCAGGGCUAUUUGAUGAAGCAGAAGCCCUGAUGAAGAACAUGGAGAUGAAGCCAGAUGGUGCUAUAUGGGGUUCUCUACUUGGAGCUUGCAGGGUCCAUGGAAAUGUAGAGUUGGGGGAAUUUGCUGCUAAACACCUUUUUGAAUUAGAGCCUGAAAACCCUGGGGCGUAUGUGCUUUUAUCAAACAUUUAUGCAACCGCUGGUAGAUGGGAUGAUGUAGCAAGAAUAAGAACCAAGCUGAACGAUAAGGGGAUGAAGAAGGUCCCUGGAUGUAGCUCAAUUGAGGUGGAUAGUGUUGUUCACGAGUUUCUUGUUGGUGACAAAGUACAUGAACAGAGCCAAGACAUAUAUAAGAUGUUGGAUGAAAUAGAUCAGCUUUUGGAGAAAGCCGGGCAUGUGCCUGAUACAUCUGAGGUGCUCUAUGACAUGGAUGAGGAGUGGAAAGAAGGGUCCUUGAGUCAUCAUAGUGAGAAGUUGGCCAUUGCCUUUGGGCUGAUUAGUACAAAGCCAGAGACUACUAUCAGGAUAGUGAAGAAUCUUCGUGUAUGUGGAAAUUGUCAUUCAGCAAUAAAGCUGAUAAGCAAGAUAUUCAACAGAGAGAUUAUUGCUAGAGAUCGGAACCGUUUUCACCAUUUCAAAGAUGGUUCUUGUUCAUGUAUGGACUAUUGGUGAAACUUGGUUGCUUACAGAAGGAAUAAUAACUUCCCAGACUAUUUUCUAGAGAAAUCCAAUCAUAUGGAUUGAUCAAGAAAAGGUGCAUCACAACAAAGAGAAAGCAACAGUGAAGCUUAAUCCUUGGGUAACAGUUGGAUGAUGGAAAGAUCGCAAAAUUCUGAGUGGAAUGAGCUUGUGCAGCUUGCUGCUUAGUAGUUUGAGAUGAUUGUUGCAGUCAUCCUUGAGACAUGGUCUUACUGUGAAAGACUUGGAGGUAGACUCUGGAGCUACCAGGCACAUGAGGCCACUGCUAAUGGUUGGUGGGGUGAGAGUUUCUUCCCAAAUCUUGGAUGAACACCAUGAGCCAGAUAUUUCGUCCAAACCUAGUCAGUUCCUACUUGAAAAACAAACUGAGAUAUUACUGGAAAGGUUUUCUGUGAUUAGGGGUUUUCAUGGAUGUAGCAGAUAUUAAAACACAACUUUCUAUUUUGGUUACUUGAUUAGCUUCAUGUGAUGCGCAACAUGGUAGAUUGGGAUAUGUAAAUUUUCCUAAUAUCAAGAAAAUGAAAGAAACUGAUCUGAUGCCUAA